UUGCACUUUUAUUUUUACAGGAACUAAAGGACACUGCAGUUUUCAUGCGAGAGGCCACCUACCGCGAUUUGUACCAAGGAAAACUUGGUGACUGCUGGCUUAUCUCCGCUAUAAACUGUUUACUUACCAACAACAGGAAGGUGUUUGACAAAAUUGUCCCUAGCAACCAGUCGUUCACUGAAGACUAUGCAGGAAUUUUCCGUUUCAAUUUUUGGUGGUAUGGAGAAUGGAAAGAAGUGGUCGUCGAUGACCGGCUUCCAGUUGACACAAACACUCAGCAAUUACUUUAUGCUCACAAUAAUUCAGAACCCGACGAAUUCUGGGUGUGUCUCUUGGAGAAGGCCUACGCCAAGCUUGUUGGCUGCUAUGAGAAUUUGACUGGUGCUUCCACUAGCUUUGGCACGGUGCAAAUGACUGGAGGAGUUUCUGAAUACAUACUUUUCGAAAACGACGAUCCUGCGGAAAUAUUCGAGCUGUUAUCAAGGAUGCAAGACAUGAACUCGAUGUUUUCGUGUGCCAUUUUAGGUGCUGGAGAAACUACCGAAGGUGAAACAAAGGAAGGCCUCUUUACAAUACAUGCUUAUUGCUUAAUAAAACUUAUGAAGGUUCAAUACCAAGGAAAGGAGGUUGGCCUUGUUAAACUGAGAAAUCCAUGGGGCAAAAAGGAGUGGAAUGGACCCUGGAGUGAUUCAUCUGAAGAAUGGAACGGAUUGAAAGAAGAAGAGAGAAAACGGAUGAAUCUGGAAGUGAAGGACGAUGGAGAAUUUUGGAUGGACAUCAAUGAUGUCGUGAAGCACUUCAGCUUCGUCGACAUGUGCCACAUGGAUCCGUUUGCAAUAACAAGCUUUGAGGAAACAGCGGAGAAACCAUCAGCAAGGAAAUGGCACACAUUCCGGGCAGAUGGCCAAUGGCUCAAGAAGAUCACAUCCGGUGGUAGCGACAAUUCUGAAG